AUGGACUUUGUGCCACGACCCAACAGGUCAAAGCCAGACCCGGUGAACGUUCCUCUUCUAGACGCUGAUGGGGAAGCUGAUAGUCCCUCGUCGGCCAUCGAAAUUGCCUUUUAUAUUGAGUCUCGGUUUUUCUUUGGGCUAUUGGCCAAAUAUUUGGAGGUGGAACCCCGACUCGAGGAUUAUGUAAAAGAAGUUGACGGCCAUUUUGGUCGCUUCAUCUGCCUCGAUAAGCUCGCUAACAGCUUCUAUGGUGAAGGCGAACGAUAUUUUCUGUAUGAGGGCAAUCUCAGCCUCAAAAGUCUUAAGAUGCACCAGGCUUCAGACUAG